UUGUGUGACUUGCUUGAUGUAUUGUUAAUCUUUUAAAUUUGGUUUAGCACAACUUAAAACGAUAGGAAGACAAACUUGUCGGCCAAGUAAUUCAAUUGGCUCUCGAUAUUGUCAGUCUACGUUGUCAGUUUUCAGGGGAUCCUAUUGGCUGAUGUUGCUGUCAGUUAUCAGUGACGGUGGGGCUGAUUUUCCUGGUGCGCUGUUGUAACAAGGAGGGAGCGUGGAGCAGUGUGCAGCCUGACGGAGAGCUCUUCUGCUGGAGCCCCAUUAGCUCCACAUGUAUGCGGCACUAUUGUUGUUCAGUAGCCGCCCGACGCCUCUCGGAGCAGCCAAUGGGAAAUGCACGACCUUUGAAGAGACGUUAGUAGCAUUUCCUUCGCUCGUUUCCUCACUGGUGUGUGGAUAUCAGGCGCGUUCACACCGGCGGAUACCAGUUGGCAGCCUGUUUGUAAAGCUAGGUCUCCACUGUCCGGAUGGAUAAAACUGUUCGGAAAGUUCGGAAUCGGGACACCAACCCAUGCAUCGAAGAAAGCGAUGCCUCCCAGAAGUGUUUGGGUGCUUACAACUAUGAUUCAAGCAUGUGCUCAGCUUAUUUCCAGAGAUAUAAGAACUGUCGGAAAUACUGGCACAGCAUAAUGCUACAGAGGAGAAGAGACGGCGUGAGACCCGACAUGCCCACUGCUGCAGAGAGGCAAGAGAUGCUCGCUGCUGUUGGAGGCAACCCGUACUGAGACACGGAGGACAUUUAGUACCCUGGUGAUACCAGUACAAUGCUUGGCUGGUUACACUGGGACCAGGUUGUGUGGAAGAGACCAUCUGUAAGUGGUCUAUCAUAAAAAGAAAAUGAUAUUGUUAUUGUUUAUUGAGGUUUAUGAAUGUUGGCCUGACACUACAUAAAAUGAGUUAAGAGCUUUUUGUUUGAAGGAAAACAUCUUGUACAACUGAGAUCCUGUUUUGUGUCGAUUAGUCCUGAACAAGUGAACCAAAGAGCUCAACUGUAUAUUCACAACAUGAAACUGUGGAGGACUUCUCCAUCUAUGACAUCUAAAGUCUGAUAUCUAUCAUCUGUCUAGCCUUAAUAGAAUAGCAGUGUUGUAUCUACAUUAUUAUUUCCCUAAUUUGAUUAGUUAGAUUUUAUGAUAUUCUAUUCAGUUUAUUUUGUAUAGCCCAAUAUUACAAAUUUGCCUCAGAGAGCAUUACAAUCUGUACACAUACGACAUCCCUGACCUUUGACCUCCCAUCGGAUCAGGAAAAACUCCCCAAAAAUAACCUUUCACAGGGAAAAAAGUGAAGAACCCUUCAGGAGAGCAACAGAGGAGGAUCCCUCUCCCCGGAUGGACAGAAGAAUAGAUGUCAUGUGACCAGAUGAACAGAGUUACAUAAACACAUUACAUGAAUAUGACAAUGUAUGAAUGGAAUUCCAAUCCAUGAAACAGAAGGAGGUAGAGAUAUCUAAAGUCAGAACAAUAAUCAGAUGAUUGAUAAUUGCAAGAAAGCACAGAACCUUGUGGAACUCCGUGAUUAACGUUGGUGGUCAUUGAGGCUUCAUCGUUUACAAAUACAAACUGAGAUCAAUCUGAUAAAUAGGAUUUAAACCAACUUAGUGCGGUACCUGAAAUGACAAUCGACUGAUCCAGUCUCUGUAAUAGGAUGUCAUGAUCAAUGGUGCCUCGAGGAAUGUGAGUAUUAAUAUGACUUGGAGGAGUUGAUUCAUUUAGGCUGACAUAUUCUUCAUGGCUCAGCCAGGUUUCCCACAUUGUUUGCUGGGCACCUGGACAACCAGUGGUUGAAGAUGACAUGUAUCUAUACAUGUCAUCAUUGAUCAGAUUAGGGAGAGGGCCAGAAAAAAUAAUACAUAAAUAAAAGAAGUCCACUGUUCAUAUCAUUUAACAGAAAAAGGUAAGAUCAGAAGAAAACUAAUGUACAUGAAAAGAGAUGCAUUCAUGAUCAGAGAAAGGCCCUAGAUACAUUUUAGCUGUCUGGAAAGAUGCUGGAUGCUAUAUAAUGUCAUACCAGUCCAGUUAUAUAGACCGAUAGCUUAGAUGUCACAUACAGGCCAUAAGUAUUUGGACUCUGACACUGUUUUUCUAAUUUUGCCUGGUUCCACGACUGCAAUGGAUUUAAAAUAAAGCAAUCGAUAUGUG